AGAUGAGCCUGCAGAUUCCGGCGAGAUCGGGCGGCCUCCGCCGCCUCCUCCUCCUGUGCGGAGCCCGGGGGAUCCCGCGUCCCUACUCCACCGGCGACCGCCGCCGCCGUGUGAUCCGCGAGGCGCGGCAGGAGGAGGACGACGAGGCCUUCCUCCGCACCCUCAACUUCGGCGCCGACCCCGAGAACAACCCCCUUCCCCCGCCGCCGAGGCGCGGCGUGGGAGCCCCGUACACCUCGACCGCCGGCGGUAAGCACCAACAGCAGGAGCGGCCCGAACGGAGCGCUCAGAAGGCCGUCGGGGAGACGCUGCUGGAGAAACUUAAGCUGGGCGAUGGCCCCUCCGCCGCCGCCGUGGAAAACGGCGCUGAGCGACAGCAGCCUGAGCAGGAGCCGCCGUCGCAGCCGGGGGAUGUGGACGAGAUCUUCCGGAAGAUGAAGGAGACCGGGCUGAUCCCCAACGCCGUGGCCAUGCUGGACGGGCUGUGCAAGAACGGGCUGGUUCAGGAUGCCAUGAAGCUGUUCGGCCUGAUGCGUGAGAAAGGCGCCAUCCCAGAGGUCGUCAUCUACACUGCCACCGUCGAGGCCUUCUGCAAGGCGGCGAAGCUCGACGACGCUGUGAGGAUCUUCAGGAAGAUGCAGGGGAAUGGGGUCAUCCCUAAUGCAUUCAGCUACUGGCUGCUGAUACAGGGCCUAUGGAAGGGGGGCAGGCUGGAUGACGCGGUUGCGUUCUGUGUGGAGAUGUUUGAGGCUGGCCUUUCCCCGAAUGCCGAGACUUUUGUGGGCUUGGUUGAUGUGGUAUGCAAGACGAGGGGGGUGGAUGAGGGUGAGAAGCUUGUGAGGGGCUUCCAGGACAGGAACUUUGCUAUCGACGAGAAGUCCAUCAGGGAGCACUUGGACAAGAAAGGCCCGUUCUCACCAGUGGUUUGGGAGGUGAUCUUUGGAAAGAAGAAAUCAGGCUGACCUUUUUGAUCUCUGCCAGAAAGUAGUAUGUGCACAUUCUCAUCAUUUUGUUUGGCGUCGCAGUGAUAAUUUGAGAGAGUUAGGCUGGCUUCCCUGGUUAAAACAAAAUGGCUAGCAUGUCGUUUUAUGUGAAAUCGACCAUUGUGGAGAUCUGUAUGCCCUUUUGUUUACAUGUAAUUCACCACCGUUUACUCAACUUCUCCCAUGAAGACAUACUUGCUACUUAGAUACAAUUGCAUUGUCA